GUUAUUGUUUUAAUUUAUUUCAUAACAGCUCAUACAGCUCGGGGAUCACUACUCUUGUAGAAGAACGGUUGAUGAAACAAACAAAUUAUAUAUUCUAUUUUUUGUUAACUUGUGCCCAUAAUAAAUUUGAAAUUAACUUAUAUUUUAGUACUUGCUGUUCAACUGAACAAAAGGGAUUUUUCAGAUAGGUGUCAGAUAGGACACCUAAAUCUCUUCAACUUUGAAUCAUUUUUGCAAAGUGUGGUUGUUUCGCUCGUUUUUGGCCCAACUAUGCCCCAAGUAUUUCAAAUAUUGAGAUGUUACAUGUGCAAUGUAUUUCAAGUUCACCAAACCAAGAAAGCAAACAAGUUUGCAUGCAAAAUGUGUGGAGAAAAGCAAUCUAUAAAACGUCAUUAUGGAGUUGGUAAUGGUCAAGAAUGCAGAGGUCAUGUGCAAAAACUAAAUGCUAUGAGAGGUGAAUUAAAUGAUUUGAAAAUAACUGAAGACUAUUUGGUAAGUGAAGAUGAAGAUGUUGAAGUCUCCUCAUCUAUUGAUCUCACACAGAAAAAACCUAGCAAGUGGUCAGAAUAUGUUGAUAAAUAUGAAGCAAUUGAAACCACUGAUGUAGGCGAUAAAACAAUGUUCCUUGAAAAUAAAGAAGUUGUUUUAGAUAUUCCAAAGAAAAAACGUCAAAAAAGAUCUUACGAUAACGAAAGGCCACAGAAAUCAUAUAAAAUGGCAAAACCAGAAAUUGAUUUAGGAAGCCAAGAAAAAUAUAGCAUUGAAUCAUAUGCUAAAACCAUAGAAUCUGUAACUCAAAAUACUGCUGAAACGAAGUGCAAAUAUGGUAAUCUCCAAAAAGAAACAACUUUUGAUGAGUUUUCAGAAAAAAACAAAUCACAAGAGGACUAUAAUAAUUUGGAAAAUUUAGAUUUUUGUACUGCUUCUAUACAAAAUUGUUCUAAAACAUUACAGACAAGUAAACCUUCAAAAUUAAAAUUUAUACCACCUAUCAUAAAUGCUAAUUCCAAAUGGGCUAAGUUCACAGAAUCUGGAAAUGAACAAGAGGAGAUAUCAAAAACUGAGAUGCCUAUGCCUUCAAAUGUGUAUGAAUCUCAAUUUGAUGAAAUAAAUAUAAACACCAAUAACACUUCAAAUUCAAAGUGCAAUUUAGCAAACUAUGAUGAUGAAAAGAAGUUGGUUACAGAUAUCAACCUAAAACAAUCAAACUGGAUCCUAUUUCCAACUGAUCUGAAUGACGUAGUAACAUAUGAAAGAAUUGAAUACACUAAGGAUAUAUCAAAUUCGGAUUAUGUUAUCAAGAGCAAUAAUAAUGUCAAUGAUAAGGAUACAAACCGCACGAUUCUUUCAACUAAUCCAAAUAAUUUGGCUGAAUAUAAAAAUAAUAAUCAGACUAAAAUAAAUGAAUUAGAUCACAAUAAUAAAAAAGAACAGAUAAGUAAAGAGAAUCUGAAGGAACUAUUCUCUUUAUGUAGUGCUGAUGAAAUUGAUAACUGCUUAGAUAUCUAAAGGCUG